AUGCCUCCUCAUAAUCAUGAGUUUAAGUGCUGUGUUCCAAGUAACUUCAGGGAACUUAUUUCUUCAUACUUUGACAUUGUUGGCAUUCAUUAUCCUAAGAUAAGCAUCACUCUCGAUAUGUUCGGAAAUGUAAUUCGUAAGGAAAACAAGCAAGAAUCAGUAAAUGAGAGCAUAAUAACAGUUUUUCUAAGGGGAGUUGAGGUAUACAGUGGUUCAUUUACGACAGACCAAGUGGACUUCAAGAAAGUGGAGGUUUCUUGUUUCGUAGGUAAAUUUUCUGCGAAAUUCAAAAAUUAUGCAACCUUAUACCUUCUGAGGUGUAUUAACGGCAUUCCUAUGCUAAAAAACUCCAGUAUACUAUACUUAACACACUAUAUGUAUACACAUCAGAAUCACUAA